UUAAAUUUAGCUGUGAACACCCGAGCGCUUUAUGUCCCUGAGUAGCGAGCAGAGCGCUCCAGGCAGCCCUGGAAACGUUUUUUCCGUACAGCAACAUGGGGGCUCCAGUUGACUGUUAGAGAAGGAGAUUUUUUUUUUUUUUUCCUGUGCCCUGAAAGGAGUGUCUUUCAGGACCACUGUUUAGAUGGGUGCUGUUUCAUGAAGCAAGUCUGGGAAGGCGGCGUGCACUUUGCUGACAAGGGAGGCGGCGAGGAAGAGUAUGUCUGUGGUGCGUGAGCUAUCACCAGGAUGGUUACUGGAUCAUCUUUCUUUCAUUAACAAGAUAAGUUAUGAACUUCACCAGCAUCAUGAGCCUUGUUGCAGUAAAAAAGAGCCUACUUCUUCUGUUCAUCUUGAUACUCUUCACAUGGAUUCUGUGUCCUCUUUUGGAGCCUCUGCUACCUGUAUUGCUUCUACCACUAAGCCAGAAAAUGAUGAUGGAGGAAAUUGUGAAAUGUUCAUACAAAAAUAUGUUUUUCGAUCUGAACUGUUUGAUGUCACCAAACCUUAUAUAACUUCUGCUAUUCACAAAGAAUGCCAACAAAGUAAUGAAAAGGAAGAUCUAGUAAAUGAUGUUAAGAAAGAAAUCUCCAUUUCUGUUAAUGGAAAGAAGCGUAAGAGAUGUGUUGAUUUCAAUCAAGGUGAAUUGGAUGCUAUGGAAUACCAUACAAAGAUCAGGGGGCUGAUUUUGGAUGGAUCUUCGCAGUUAAUCCAAGAAGGUCUCAAAAGUGGCUUUCUUCAUCCACUUUAUGAAAAACGGGACAAGUAUAGUGAGCCCAUUACCUUACCACUUGAUACCUGCAAUUUGUCAGAAUUAUGUGAAAUGGCAAAGCAUUUGCCUUCUCUAAAUGAAAUGGAACUUCAGACAUUACAAUUGAUGGAAGAUGAUAUAUCUGUUACAGAGCAGUAUUUAUUUUCACGGAUUGUUGAUAACAACUCUAGCUUUACAAAAAUGAUUACUUUAAUGGGACAGAAAUACCUGCUGCCACCAAAAAGCAGUUUUCUUUUGUCUGACAUUUCUUGUAUACACCCGCUUCUGAACUGUAAGAAAACAUAUGAUGUAAUUGUGAUAGAUCCACCAUGGCAGAACAAAUCAGUUAAAAGAAGUAACAGAUAUAGUUAUUUAUCACCACUGCAAAUAAAGCAGAUACCUAUCCCUAAGCUGGCUGCUCCAAACUGUCUUGUUGUUACUUGGGUGACGAAUAGACAGAAGCACCUACGUUUUGUUAAGGAAGAGCUUUACCCUUCUUGGUCUGUGGAGAUAGUUGCUGAAUGGCACUGGGUAAAAAUCACCAGUUCAGGAGAGUUUGUGUUCCCAUUAGAUUCUCCACACAAAAAGCCUUACGAAGGUCUUAUACUGGGAAGAGUUCGAGAAAAAGCUGCUUUACCAUUAAGGAAUGCAGAUGUAAAAGAGCUCCCCAUUCCAGAUCACAAGUUAAUUGUCAGUGUGCCCUGUACGCUUCACUCACAUAAGCCACCUCUUGCUGAGGUUCUAAAAGACUAUAUCAAGCCAGAGGGGGAAUGUUUGGAAUUGUUUGCUCGAAAUUUACAGCCAGGUUGGACUAGUUGGGGCAAUGAAGUCCUCAAAUUUCAACAUGUGGAUUAUUUUGUUGCUCUGGAGUCUAAAAGUUGACUAUGUUCUUAAAAUUGUGUUUUUCUUCAGUUUUUCCUCACUCCUUCUGCCUUCAUUCUAAUAGAUUUUUCCUAUUUAUUACCAACCAAUAUGCUUAGAGAUGUAAACAGGACUGGGUUUUUCAGCAAAAUGAUUAGAAGUGACUAGCUGUCAUAUAAUUUUGAGAUGAAUUUUACUUCAGUUGCACUAGUAUUUCACAUUAUUCUGAGCUCUACAAAUAAAGAGGUAAGCAGUUAGAAUGAUGGCAAGACUUUGUUACUGAAAAAGUUUAGAAAGCAUGCACUAUGGACCUGAAGUCACAAUUCUAUGUAUGGGUGUGUUUUGUUUGGCCCAUAUGGUGUUGUAAAAAAAAUUGGAGCCAUCAUUCUAAAAAAUCAGGAAAUUUCACAUAAGUCCAUAUUUCUUCCUUUCUUUAAAUAUCAGAAACUCUGGCUACACUGUGGCCUGUGUUCUUUCCUGGCAUCAGUCUAUGGGACCCAGUGGUAGCAGCUCAUUUGGGAAGGGCCAUGUACUCUCCAGUUUACCACAGUAACCUUUGUCCCAUGCCACUCACUUAUAUUGUCUACCUGACCCUUGUACAACCUGAAUUUAGAACGUCUAGUAUACUGCUACAUUCUGGAAAAUGUAUUCAAAGACCUGCUAAGUACUGCAUCAUUGUUCUGAGUUCAUGAAACAUUUUUUGGAGGGUUUUAAAUUUCAUUCAGGGUCACUUUUCAAUGUCAGAAAGUAAACACUGCUUGGACUUAAUUGAUACUUAUAGAACAUUCCAUCCAAAAGCAGCAGAAUACACAUUCUUCUCAAGCACGCAUGGAACAUUCUCCAGGAUAGAUCACAUGCUGGGCCACAAA